AUGGUCACUGUCACGAUUCACGGAGUUGCAAUGUCCACAUGCACUCAACGUGUAACCGCCACCUGCAACGAGCUUGGGAUCAAUUACGAGAUUAAAACAAUUGACUUUGCUGCAAAGGAACACAAGAGUGCAGAUUAUAUUGCAACCAAGCAGCCUUUUGGAGCCAUUCCAGUGCUAGUGGAUGAAGAUGGCACCCAGCUCUUUGAGUCUCGUGCCAUUGCGCGGUACCUUGUCGCCAAGUAUGGGAAGGACUCGGGACUAGCACCUAACCAGAGCGAUUUGAAAGCGUACGGCCAGUUCGAGCAGGCAGCGAGUAUUGAAUACUCCAGUUUCGACCCUUGUGCUGCACCACUGGUAUUCGAACGUGUCUUCUCUAAAAUGUUUGGCGGCCAGCCCAAUGAGGAACUCGCUCAAAAAUAUACUACUUCGUUGAAUGCUAAGUUAGAGGGCUACGAAAGGAUCCUCUCUACGCAAAAAUAUCUUGCAGGCAACACCUUCACCCUCGCCGACCUUUUCCACCUACCUUAUGGAAGCCACGUCAAUCAAAUCGAUCCUACUAUCCUUGGAUCCAAGCCAAACGUGAAGAGAUGGUGGGAUGAAAUUAGCUCCCGCCCUUCAUGGAAGGCUGCAUCAGCACAACACUAG